AAAGUUUACAGUUUAUAUUAGGAACGGCGAUAAAAUGAUUAUAUCACUUCUUUCUCCACGAUAAUUACUUAACAUAAGAAAACUGUUUCGAACGAGAAUCGCAAUCGAAUCAUGCUUUCUCAAUUCAUUACCGGGAACCUGCAUUAUUAAUGAUGUUCAAGUUAUCUCAGUUUACAGUCAACCACGAACGAUAACUCUAUUUGACACAACAAAAGUUCACCUUUUAAGCAUGUGUUAGAGGUGACUGCUUUAUAAGUGAAACUAGGCGAUACCCAAGUUUUGUAAAUGUAAUAUAUAUAUUAUUAGCUAACUUAGAAUGAAAUAGGCAGCGCAUAUAUUUCAGACAGGAAAAUACAUCAUAAUGGAUGUUAUAAAAAAGUUUCUGGGACUCAAAAAUGACGGACAAGUGAUAUUUUCAACUUCACCAGAUUCAAACAAUGAUGAUGAUGAUGUGUCAGAGAAGAACAUUCUAGAACCUACACCCAUUCCUUCAUUCCUUACUGAAAAAUAUCCUUGGUUAGAAAACGCAUUUCGGAUUCAGGAAGGUGACUGCACUUCCUGCAAAUAUAUAGGCAGUACAGUUAGCUAUGGUAUUAGCUUAUUUUUGCUGACCCAGCUGAAAAAUCCACCUAGAGAAAUGGUUGGGAGAAGACUACCAUUCUUGGGAAUGGUUUUGCCGUUGAGCUUCACUUUUUUCCUGAUUGGAUCAAGUCGUCUUUUUGAUAUUGGCCUCUGCAGACCCAGAACAGAUGGCAUGAGAAAGUCUAUGAUUAACUUAGCAAAAGAAGAUUUUGAAGAACUUGUAAAAUAUUUCGAUAGCAAAAAAGAUGCUUUCUCAAAUACGUUUCCUUUCAAAGAAUUUAAUACAAAACAAAAUACUGUUACCAAUGACUCUGUGAAAAAAGAUUAAUAAAUGUAAAUACAUUAUUUAGUUAUAUUUAAAAGAAAGAAUUUAUAAAAAAAAAGUUUCGUAAUAUAUUUAAUGUGUGGUAUAACAUUUUAUUGUGAUUUAACCAUAGAUCAGUCCUGCACAAACAAACCUUUAAUCUAAAGCUAUUUCAGAUACAACCAUCCUGUCUAUUCUUUCAGACAUUGCAGAUUUAGAAUUACAAUUUCUAAUAAUUCCUUUGAAUUGCAGGUGCUGACAUAGUAACGCAUCGACUCCAGCAUUCAAUUCACAGAAGAGAAAUUGCUAAAAAAGCUAAACUCACCAUCUUCAAUUCAGUUCUUUUGUGCCUAUCCUCAUUUAAUGGUCAUAAAUGUUGGGAAAUAACUGAAAGAGUAUGAUUAUGAAUAAAGCAGCUGAAGUGGGUUCUUCUGAAGGGUCUUUGGAGUAAUGUUUCGCAAUAGGGUGCAUAGCUUGGAGAUCAGGGUAUCUCUCUAGGUCAAACCAUUAUUUCUCUGCAUUGAGAGAUCACAGCUCUGGUACUACAGUCAAAUGAUUAGAAUCACAGGAAAGAAUUGCAAAAUAGAUUCUUAAAGCCUAGCCAGCUGGUAGGAGACUUAGAUCAAGAACAAGACAAUUGGAUAAUAUCUAGAUGGUUCUACCAUGCAAACUUUAUACUUUAACCCUUUAGCUUUUAAACUGGCCAUAUCCAGCCAAAUUAUUCCACCUGUUUUAUGCUCAAACUGGCCUGAUCUGGCCUCUCACACCAACCCUACAAUAUCAUUCUAAAAAUUAACGGUUAUCUCAACAAAAUUUCAAAGCCAGAAGAUAAUGUAUGAUUAAUUCAAAACAAUGGGAAUAAAUAAGCUUUACAUUUGACAGAAUAAUAUGGUAACAAAAGGGUUAAUGUGAUCUAAAUUAAAACCCUUCCAUUGAAACUUCAUGUUAAUUUAUGUUCCAAACACCAGCUUAAUAUUGACAAAAUUCUUAAGUGUCUUCAAAAUUGAUUGAAAUAAAGGCAAAGUAUUUCAAUAGAAAUAUGGUAACGAUAGCAUUGAUUCUGGCAGGAAAAAAAAAUUGGUAUGAUGAGGAUGAAGGGUAAAAUGGAAUUGUUAAAUUUAGCAAAUCAGAAAAAUACAACAAUGAAACAUAACUGCUAUAGAUAGGAAACAUACCCGUUUACAGUUUGCAAUGUUCGUGCUUCUCCCAAGAACAUUCAGUGGUGGGAGCAGUGGGGAUUAAUCCCAGCAGUGGCUAGUUUCAAGUCAGUCCUGAUUGAGAGAUUUAUGAUCAAAGAUCUACCAGAUAUGACCAUUACAUUUUUUUUUUCCAUGUCUAUGAAAACUAGGAUCAUAUCACCCAAUGAUCUGGCUACUAUUUCCAGAUUGAGCAACUGUGUGUUAUAGAUAAAUGCUUCAACUCUAGAAAGAUGAAAAGUAAAGUUGACUGCUGUAUAAUUUAUUCAUCAUCAUCAUCGUUUAAUGUCCGCCUUCCAUGCUGGCAUGGGUUGGACGAUUUGACUGAGGACUGGUGAACCAGAAGGUUGCACCGGGCUCCAAUCUGAUCUGGCAAGGUUUCUACAGCUGGAUGCCCUUCCUAACGCCAACUACUCCGAGAGUGUAGUGGGUGCUUUUUACAUGCCACCAGCAUGGCAGCCAGUCAAGGGGCACUGGCAUCAAACACAUUCGGAUGGUGCUUUUAGCAUACAACCAGCAUGGGAAGCCAGUCAGGCAGCACUGGCAUCAACCACAUUUGAAGGGUGCUUUUUAAAUACCACUGGCACAGGGAGCCAGUCAGGCAGCACUGGCAUUGAUCACAUUCAGAUGGUGCUUUUUAUGUGCCACCAGCAUGGGUGCCAAUCAGGCAGCACUGGCAUCGACCACAUUUGGAUGGUGCUUUUUAUGUGCCAGUCAGGCAGCACUGGUAUCGACCACGUUUGGAUGGUGCUUUUUACGUGCUACCAGCAUGAGGAGCCAAUCAGGGGGCAUAAAAAAUUCUUUCUAAUAUUGGCACAAGGCCAGCAAUUUUGAGGAGAGGGAGCAAGUCAACUACAUUAAUAUCAGUACUUAGAUUGACUUUAUUUUAUCAAUCUUAGAGGAAAGCUGGCAGAAUUUGAACUCAGAAUGUGACGAACUACAAGAAAUUCCACAAAACAUUUUGUCCAAGACAAGUGAUUCUGCCAACACACAGUAAAUAAUAAUAAUAAUAAUGAUCCUUUCCACCAUAGGCACAAGGCUUAAAAUUUGGGGGAGGGGACUAGUCAAUUAUAUUGACUCCAGUGUUUCACUGGUGCUUAAUUUAUUGACCCUGAAAGGAUAAAACGCAAAGUCGACCUUGGCAGAAUUUGAACUCAGAACAUAAGGAUGGAUGAAAUGCCACUAAGCAUUUUGCCUGGCAUGCUAAUGAUUCUUCUACGCCACCUCCUUUCUCUACUACUACUACUGCUGCUUAAACAAUCAAAGACAAGAAUUCAUAUCAAACUAGCUGCUGCUAACUACCUAGAACCCUACAAGAGAGACAGAGACAGGCAGAAGAAAAGAAAAUGUCCCUUGCAUUUGAAAACUAUCGAAAUACUUUUAAAAAAUAUUUCACUUAAUUUUUCUACAAUUUAAUUGUUUUUCAUGAUUUACUCUAAAUUGAAAAAGUCACAGUAACUGAAACCGGUACUAAAAUGUUCUUCGUGAUAAAAUUAUUUUAGCAUGUUC